AUGGCCAAUUAUUAUUCCAAGUCUCUGGACUCGGAGCCUCGGUCCAAGCGUCAAAAAAACUUCCAGGAGGAAGACGCUGAAGGUACAGAGGAUGAAAAGAUAAUUAAGACCCAGCCUGAAGACGAAACUACAGCUGAGGACUUGAUUGACAAUGAGAUUAUCCAACACCAGCAACAGCAGGAAGAGCAAGAAAAGGCCGCGCAGGAAGAACAGCGUAAGUCUAAUAAGCGCACACGCGAAGAAACCAAACCUACAGAGCUUGGGGGUGUGUCUGCCACCGCUGCAGCUGCUGCAGCUGCUGUGUCUGCAUCGGUCAAUGAACUUCAGGAAAAUGAAGAACAUGAAUCUGCUGGUGCUGCUGAUAACACUGGAGUCAAUGGUAGCACUUCUGGAGAAAAGGUUGACAAUGAGUCUCCUUCAGUUAAGGACUCGCGUGUGGUUUCGUCUGACCAGCAAGCUUCUCUUGCUUCUUCGUUGCUGGCAGCUACUGCUACAGCUGCGCUUCGGAGCUCAAAUGGCACGGAAAAUUUGACGCCUACACCACUGACGGCACCUCAAUCCAUGUCCGGGUCACCCGUGCCUCAGUCACAGUCUCAGUCACAGCAAUCGCACGGUGUGCCUGGGUCUAGUCACCAUGGAUUGCCACCUUCGCAUAAUGGACUAUCGGCCGCAACAACAAGCGGACUACAAUCUCCGCACCAUGCUGCUACUACAUCGACUUCAACGCACUUGGCUAUGGCGGCUGCUGCGGCUUCGCAAUAUGCUCAACACAAUUCCCAAAUCCAUGCUCAGCAUCAGCAACUUACGCAGCAGCAGCAAGUGGCGGCUCUUGCACAACAGCAGCAAGGUGGAGUACUUGGACACCCCACGAUUAGCCCACACAAGCCACCAGUGGGAAGUGAUGAGUGGCACCGACAGCGGAGAGACAAUCACAAGGAGGUUGAACGGCGGCGUCGCGAGACCAUCAACGAUGGGAUCCGAGAGUUGGCAGAGAUUGUACCCAACUGCGACAAGAACAAAGGUCAAAUUUUGCGCCGUGCAGUUGAGUACAUUCGUGAACUGAAGGAGUCAGAAACUGACCGAAUUGAGAAGUGGACCUUGGACAAGUUAUUGUCUGAGCAGGCCAUUUCCGAGUACUCUGCUACAAAUGACAAGCUUAAGAAUGAGCUGGAGUUAGCCUGGCGUGAAGUUGCAGCUUGGAAAAAGGCUUGCACUGAUGCUGGUAUUAUGAAGCCCGCUGAUAUUCAAUAA